CCUAAAAAAUCAGAGUGGUCGCGUCGAUGAGAUGCGGUGGCGGCAAGCAUGCCCGCGCGCCCGUCGAAGGCUCGACUAAGCGCGCGCGAACCUUCGACUAACUACGAGGUGGCUUCCAUUUUCCAGAGAGCUCGAAGCAGAGGUGACGAUGGAGGGCCGCUUCGUCCUCAAGCGCGCCGGCCUCGGCGGAACGGUCGCGUACGAGCUCGACGCGGCAAAUGUUACGGCGGCCUUUCCCUCACACGACAUCACGGCGGUGCUCAAGGCCAUGGUCGAGGUGUCGCUCCGCGACGUCGGCGAUCUCGCUCCCAAGGACGCGCACGACGUCGACACCGCCAAGCUCAAGGCCUUCUUCCCGGACGGCGUCCAGGCCACCGACACGAUUGUCGUGCUGCCGUACAACGACGUGCGCGCGCAAAUGGUGCUGCCCACCGAUCUCCCGACACUUCCUCACGGCCACCGCGCUGCGUUUCUCGGGCGGGUCAAGCUGGAGCUCGCUCCGGAAAUCGACCCGACGCGGUACAUCGCCAUUGGUGGCCAGCAACUCGACCUGCUCCUUACGGGGAAGCAUCGCGGCAACAUGCUGUGGAAGCGCGCGGUCCAAAGAUUACUGGAUGCCUCAGCUGCUCCGGUCGGCCAGCCUCGCAUCGGUCAGCCGACGACACCCCAGCGUAUCGGCGCGCGCCUCAUCAAGUCUCCGUCCGCCCGGAGCUUGCAGCCGUCGCGAUCGCCAAAGUUGAUUGAAUUCAUUCCACCGCCGUCGCCGGCGUCGUCGCCUGCAAAGAAGAAGAAGGCCGGCGCGCGUCUCCAGGCGGCGACGCAGCUCGACCCGAUCGCGACCAUGAACAAGGCGUUCGACGACGCCAAGUCGCCCAAGACGCUGGAAUCGUCGACCAAAACGACGCGCGAAUUUUUGCUACGAGUGCUUUUGUCCGAGACGCCCGAGUUCCACUCCAAGAUGUCGACCGCAGAUACGUACAAGGAGCAUUUUGACGCGCUUCUCAUUUCGGAAGCCCAAGCUGCGAUCCUCUCGGGACAAACAACGCUGCCUGCUACGGUCACAUCGCUCGUGGCCUCGUUCGAAGGGGUCUCGGACCCCAACGCGGCGACGUUCGAGACGCAGGACGAGCACACGCUCAACGUGAGCGACGUUGUCCGCCUCAAUGUUGACAACUCGCGCCAUGCCAUUGGCAUCGUCGAGAGCGUGCGCGGGCAGACCAUCGACGUCGUCUUCCUCCAAGCGCACAAAAAGGCGCUCGACCUCCCAAAGGCCAAGGCGAUCGAAGCCAAGGUGGUCGUGUCGUUGGUGACGACGCUGCGGAUGCUCCACGGCGUCGGCUCCGUCGACCAGCUGCCCGAGCACUUGCGCGACGUCGUGCUCAACCAGUCGAGUGCUACCGCAACUCUCUCGGUGCUCAAGACUGCCGCGGCCACGCUUCGCGACGUCAUCAAGAGCUCAACCGGGGCGCUAAAGCCGUCGACCAAGGGCAAAGGCAAGAAGACGCCCAAGAAGAAGAUGGCCAAGGAAGACGAAGACGUCGUGCUGACGCUUUUGGCCGAGCUCGCCAAGAUGAAAACCUCGGUCGAAAGCCUCGAGGCGACCAAGAUCCAUGAAGUCGUGGCCGAGCUUGUCGACAAGGCCAAGGCGCCCACCGAAGCGAUUGCGAUGGCAGCGGCCACCCUUACCAACUUUUACACGUUGCUCAUGACGCCGUCGCUCUACGACGUGGACGGCGCGGUGGCCGGGCUCAUCGCGACGGAGGUCAACUCGUCGCAAUUUCAGGCGCUGCGUCGCGGCCUCGGCAACCUCGAGACCGGCAUCUCGCUUUGGAAGGGGCCGCCGGGUACCGGCAAGACGACAACGAUCUGCGCCCUUCUUUCGUCUCUCCUCUCCAAGGCGUCGCAGUCCAAGGACCGGUUGCCAUGCGUCCUCGUGACCUCAGAUUCCAACGCCGCGAUCGAUGAAAUCAUCGAGCGCGUCUUCUCGGUCGGCAUCUACCUCGUCGGUCACGAGACAAAGGUCCAAGCGCAACUGCCGCGCAUGGAAGGACUGGGAACCCCCCCGCUCACGGCCGUCAAGAUGGGCAGUCGACAUCGCGCGCGGGACAUUGGCCUCGCGACGGCGGCUGCGCAGUACAAGAAGGAGAUCAACGACGCGCUCGACAAGCUUGGUGACAACGACAAGCGCGCCCUGAACCUCCACGUCGAGAAGGAUAUGAGCAAGUGGAAGCUGUUGGCGCGCGUUGCGGACAAGGCCAACAUCGUCUUCGCGACGCAUUCGUCGUGCGCUGGUUCCGACAUGACGCACAAGCUCCGGCAUUCGGGCUUUGACGCGGUCAUUGUCGAUGAGUGCGGCCAAGCGACCGAGCCAAGCUCGCUUCUCGCGCUCCUCGCGCAAGCCGGUCGGUUCUUUUUCGUUGGCGACACCAAGCAACUCGCGCCGACGGUGCUGAGCGACGACGCCAAGAAGCACGGGUUUGCCGUCUCGCUCAUGGAGCGCCUCGAAGCGUAUCUGCCCGUGACGAUGCUCACCGAGCAACACCGCAUGCACCCAUUUAUGAGAGCAUUUUCGGCCGAGGCCUUCUAUGACAACGCCUUGACGGACGCGCCGGCGAUCGCGCGACGCGUGCUGGCCCAAGACGCAGCCAUGUACGCCCACCCGAUGUUCCAGCCGCUCACGGUGAUCGACAUUGCUGGCACCGAAAAGCUCGUCGGCACGUCCAAGUACAACGAAGCCGAAGUCACGUUUUGCAUUGACCAGAUUGAGCAACUCAUGGUGACAUACCCGCGUGUCCAGAGCGGCGAGUGGAGCAUCGGCAUCAUUACGCCGUACAAGCCGCAAUUGCACAAGCUUGUGGACGCCAUUGACGCCAAGGUGGCGGCUCAUGUUGCGGCCAAGGUGGACACCACGCCGUGGACCCGUAUUGAGGUGUCGUCGGUCGACGGCUUUCAGGGCCGUGAGAAGGACAUUAUUAUCGUCUCGUGCGUCACGAGUGGCAAGAUGGGCUUCCUCGCCGACGACCGACGCACGAACGUCAUGACAUCGCGCAGCCGCCGCUUCUGCCUCAUCAACUGCAAUGCCUCGGCGCUGCAAGGCCACGCGACGUGGCAGAAGCUGUUUAUGCACGCCAAGGACAAAUGCGCGUUUGUCGACGCCGGCACCAAGAGCUUUGCGACCGUGUGGGCCGAGACCGAAGCGGGAGAUGAGCUCAAGACCCGCGUCGACCACCAGCACGCGACGCUCCGUGCGAUGCUCGAGCAACAACGCGUCGAUGACGAGGAGGAAAAGGCGGACCCCGAUGAGGAAGAGAAGAAGGGCCCGGACGAGGAAGAGACCACAGACGAGACGCUGCAGGACGGCAAGCGCAAGCGCCGCGACAGUCCCAAGGGUCACGACACUCCCAAGAAACGUCUUGGCGCCGCGCAAGGGAAGGCGCGUCGAACGUGACCGAGGACGACGCACGCCAGUAUGCACGUCACCAGCCCGCGGACCGCGCGUGCGCUUCACAUUAUUUAAUUCAUAUUUAAUGCGUAUUUAACACAAACACCUGCAUCUUGAUUGCUA